UUGAAAAAGCACGAGGAGCAGCUGCUUGAUCAAUGUCUGAAUUCUAAUAUGAAGACUUCACUAUUUAUUCCCACGAACUAACUCACAAAUCCGGAGAUGGAUCAGACGCCGAGCGAAGACCAGGAGCCGAUCUAUUCAGACUCACGACGAUGUUCAGAGCUUUUUGACAAGUUUCUUGAUAAGUCGAGCAUCCCGAAAGAAACAUACUCGAUUCUCCUUGAGCUACGGAGCCAUUUCACUCAGUGGGCGUCGUACGCUGGUGCUUUUGCUAUGCCAAGGGCAUCUUUAGAUGCACGACUAUCGCCACAUGAGGAUAUCAAGGGCAUGGUCCUUGACCUAUUAAACAUGCUGGAGCUUAAUUUGAAUUGGGCGAUGAACAAUGUUCUUGACAAGCAAGACCCAGAAGCUCCUGUUGGACUUCCCGUGGUCGAGUCUACAAUAGACCGACUAUUUUUCCUUGCAGUUGGGAUACGACGGUCCUCGCGGAAAGGGCAUAAACUGAGAGGGGAGAGUCAAGCCGGGAACUUGAGCUCCCUUUUACUGUACGUCGAGACACGGUUCCCUAUGGCCAGGAAGAGUUUGCAAACUCAGCUGGCCAAUUCCAUCCACGUGAGAGGAACAUCUCUCCAAUAUCUCCAGUCACACAGUUUGAAGCUUGCCUGCCACCGAGAGGACCAGAACCUACCUGCGAUGGAGGUCACCAAGGGACCAGGAACGGCGGCAUCGGUAUUAUCACCCUCCGAAAUUGUUCAGUUUCAUCACGCAGUCCUGGGGAAGCCGAGGCGAUCUCCUUCCAUCAUAAGCACAGCCUCGACGAUUGCAGAUGAAACGGAAGACGAGUUUCUGUACCCUCCAAUGCCAAAGGAAGAGUAUGGAACAAAAUAUUCUCCCUGCACUAUUUGUGCCGAGCCGCUUGAAAUCGGCAAGCUGACGCAAAAGAAAUGGGAGAAGCAUGUCAUCAGAGAUCUGGAGCCCUUCGUUUGCAUCUCCGAUGAAUGCAGAGAGCCCCUUCAAUUCUUCCAUCGCAGCCGAGAUUGGAUCAACCAUAUGCAAAGUCGACACACGAUGGAUUGGUCGCAGAAGAUUCAUACGUAUCGUUGGCGCUGUGAGCUGGAUCAUAAAAAGGCCCAGUAUUACGAAGAAAAGGAAGAGUUUAUCUCUCAUUUGAGAACAGACCAUGGGCACCGACUCACAUCCUCGCAGCUGCAUGGCCGAGCUCUACGCAAUAGGAUACUCGACGCAAGAGACCCCUUCGUUUGCCCUCUGUGCGGAUGUGUCCCAGACGAACUCGCAGGUCGAGUAGCUGAAAGACCUUACAAGUUGCUGUCCAAUCAUGUUGGUCGACACCUGAAGCUCUUGUCUUUCCAGUCAAUAUCCUACCUCGACAUUGAUAUUGCGUCCAAUGGGAGCACUGGUGACUCGAAAAUUUCGUGCCCAUCGGAAGAAGCCGACAGGUCUGACUUCUGUGAAGAUGGGCUGGACCCUCUAAAUGCAUCAUCUCACACGGCCGAGCAAAGCCCUUCACUGUCGAGUCCGGAAUAUCGUGCUUUCGAAAAUGGACUUGAGAUCCUGAGAAACUCGACAGGAGCUACAGAGGCGUUUCUCACUGCAAGCCCGUCGCUCACCGGACAAGGAGUCCAAUCUAACAACAACGAGGACGAUGAAAAUUAUAAAGACCAGAUGCACGACCCACGAAGUGAGACAUCAACGGCCCGUCCUCCGACUUACUGCGUAGUACGUCAACUCACGGAUGAGGACUUUGAAGACACUUACGUAUACUGCUUCUACUAUCUCUUUAAUCCCUAUAAGUACAUACAAAAACCCUUCCUCUCCUGUCAUAAACCGCAUGCCGAAAUCUCGCACCUCAUAAGACACGUUAUCAGUAAUCACGGUCUGAUCAGAGGUCGUCACUCGACACGCAAAGUCCAGCGUUACCUAACGCAGUGCGCGAGCGAUAACAUUGAUAUCCAGGGUAAAUCGACAUGCACCCAUUGCAAGGACGUGGAGCUCUGGACAGGGGAAGACCUGGCAAACGAUGCCCAUGCCGGCAAGGCCGUUUGUAUUCGAUGCUAUACGCAGCUUCUCACUAAGGCCGAUCUUUUUAAGCACUUACAUGAAGACACAAUCUGCCAAUAUAACGAGGAUUGGAAUUGGCGGACAAAGUCGAGAAUUUUGUACAGUGUCUUCUGUGCACCAGAUCAAGUGCCAAAAUUCCAGCCUCCAACACGCCCAAUAUUAGUUAGUACACGUCGACAAAACGUUCGGGGCGCCAGGCUACGCAACAUGGUCUCCACGCACCCUGUACAAGCAUCAUCAUCUGAUGAACCGGCCUCAUCGCUUACAGCCAUCUCAGAAGGGUUAGGUGAAACUGAAUCAGGGAGCUAA